AUGGCCGGCGGCGAUGACUUCGCCGACGGCGGAGGGAGCCUCGACAUCGGCGGCCUCGACGAGGGCGACGCCGGCGAUGCCGGCAGCCAUCCGGCGGCUUUCCCCCGUCUUCGGGGGAAUUGGCUGUCCGAAAUCGCGCGCGUCCCGGGGCGCACCGUCGGCGAAGCGAUGGGCUCAUGGUGGCGGUCACGCGACAUGAAGUAUGUGUCGCUUAUUCUGAGUGAAGACGCAGCGCACGAGUGCGACGAGUUGGAACGCAAGCUGCGAUAUAUGGGCAAGGAAAUUGACGCUUUUGGACUUCCAAUUAUGUCCAGGCAAACUGGUCUAGCGUCCUUGGCAGGGCCUACCGGCCCAAGGUCAGGCGCUGCCGUGCUCGACACUCUGGAAGCGGAGCUGGAGAAAUACGAAGAGCAACUUUUGGAACUGAACAACUAUUCUAAGGAACUCACAACCAAGUAUAACGAGAAGAUUGAGUACCAAGAAUGUCUCGAAAAAGGCAAGAGCUUCUUUAAGACAGAGGCGCCAAGAGCCGUUGGGAUAAAAGUCGGGGUACCCCAUGACAAAUUCUUCGAUCGAGUGCCCGCCACCCACCGACGCACCUCCUGGACAAACAACCAGGGGCCUCCCUUUUCGGCCUUUGGACCCACCCGCCCACCUCGCCAUGUGGUGAGGGGGGUUAUCCUGCUGCUGGGCAAGUCGAGCAGUUCUUUGUUGUUCGAUAGCAAUGUCAACAGCUUCUGCUCUCCCUCCGAAAUAAUAUCUCCUCUCUCGGCGGCAAACGUGACGAGACGAGCGCGCUUGGAUGCUGGUUCUUCUUCAUCUGGCGCUGGUGGUUUUUUUGGUGGUUCUUUUGUGUCCCAGGCAUUGGCGGAUGUGUCUAAGACAAAUCAUGGUGUAGCUACUCCAUCAAUUGAAUGUAUCGAUGCAUGGUUGUUGCCCCAGCUCACCUACGAUGCUACCACCAGAACGUGCGUGCGACCCUUAAUCGUUGUUGAUAGUGUUGUUAAGUUGGACAUUUCAAGAGCUGAGACCUUUGGAGGAUUUUUUGCUGAAGGAAUGGUCAUUAUUGCUGAGGGCUCGAUGGGCUUAGAUGGAGAAGUCUUUAUUGUGGAUGCUCUUGGACAUCCACCUUUUGAGCCUCGUGAUCUCGCUUUCAGGGCAGUCGGAGGCCGACAUCUAGACGUUUUCCUAAAUAACUGUGGCGUUGAUCGAGAUAUGUCUCGCGAUGCUCCAUGGCUCGUGAUUGCCAAUUGUCACUUAGACUCGCCUGCUGCACUACCACGACUACGAUCUUUGCUUGUUGGACUUGCACUCCCGAUAUGCGAACACUAUUGUACAACCAAGGAGAAGGUGCCAAAACGACCGGUGAUUAUAUUUCUUGGUGAUUUUACAAGUCGCACCUCAGCGAACAGUGGAGCGCAAUCUGUCACGAGUAGCUAUCGUUUUCGUUUUGGUGAACUAGGAGCUGCUCUUUGUGCUCCUGAGCUUGAUAUCGGACAAGAAUCCAUGGCAAGCUUAAUUGACUUGGUGUUCAUUCCAGGCCCAAAUGAUCCCGUGGCUGGGUCGCCGGCACUUCCACGCGGUAGGCUCCUACAGCAGGCCAUCCAGCCGCUUGUAGAUCGCAUUAAGAUUAAGACGAAUGGCACAGCUCCAAUCUUUACAACAUCCCCAGCACGAUUCCGCUUUGGCCACGGUGAAGAAAUUGUGUUUCAUCGCGAUGAUCUUCUGAGAAAGUUGCGCCAGCUAUCACGACACAUCGCUGGAUGCGCAAAUCAUAUUGAGUUGGUCGAUUCAUCCGCACACCUAGCCAAGACGCUUCUGGAUCAGUGCCACCUUGCACCAUUCGCACCUUCGCUUUCACCUAAACAUUGGAACUAUGAUCACACACUUCGAUUAUAUCCACCUCCUAGCAUUCUCUGUCUUAGUGAUGACACGGCACCUCCUUUCACGACAGAAUACGAAAAUGCAAUUUUGCUUGUGACGGCUCCUUUGUCCUUUUUAGACCAAAUUCAGGCGAGAUAGAGAUCAGUAGAGUACCUUGAGGUUGGUUGGGCUAGUAUUUACCUCGGUAUCCCGAAGUUGCUCUCGACUCACUACAAGCAAUCAAUCCGAUUGAAAACUUGCUUAAUCCUAUAGCCCAAACCCGGCUUGGUUGCUAGCCCUGGUUGCUCAGAACAGAGUGUUCAAACAGAUUACCCAGGCAUACGGUAAUGCACACAGUCUAAUGCCACACAGGACCGUCAGGCUGCCUCGCGCUGCCCGAGACCAUGACAUGCCCCAGCCAUACCUCGCUGACAUACCUCCCCUGAGUAUCAGUGACGAAAUCGGGCUGUGAAGUUCACUUUUGGACGACCUGAGAAAUCAAAAUGACCGAAGCUCAAUCAAACGCCGCAGGGUAUACGUCCGUCGCCGUCCGGUCCCUAGCCGUACUGGCGACUCCCGCGAGCUCCCUAGCCGCACUGGCGAAUGCAACUUGAAGUAAAAGAUCCUAAAAAAAAAAAAGGUCGACCAUUUCCAGGACGAGACCAGCUCGAGCCCCGGCGAAAUUAAUCAAAAGCCGGGUCGAAAUUAAUCAAAAGU